AUGGUGAACUGGGACCAGUUGAACCCCUUCAGCAGGAGGGAGUCUCACACCUCUGGAGCUAUUCUCACAUACAAGAUUCUGACUCUCGUUACCUGGCUUCUCUCUGUCAUCGUCUCUGUCUACUACACCGUCAACGAACCCCGCGAUGGCUACAGCAUUCGGAGGCGUAUCUGGGACCAGAAUGAUUUGUACCGCACUGCUUUCACCUUGAACGCCACCAUCACAUCAAUUUACUGGGUCGUUCUCUUCAUCCUCCAGGCCGGCUACAUCGGACACCUCUUCUCGAGCAAUACCGACAUCGUCAAUGCCGCUGCCAGCGUCGGCAGCCACUUCAUCUUCAACAACCUUUUCCACUUUGCCUUCAUCAUGCUCUUUGUCAGAUCUCACUUUCACUGGGCUGAGGUCAUCUUGGUGCUUAACUUUUUCAACCUUUCCUCGCUGUACUUCCGCCAUAAUACCUACCCUCGCUUCAUCCACUCCCCUGUGGUCUCCGGUCCUCUGGCAUGGACCUUUGUUGCCAUUUACUGGAACGGCGCACUGAUGAUUCCCCAUCCCCAUCAUUUGGUGCCUCGCAUCUUUGGCAACAUCUUCAUCUGGGCCAUCUUCGUCUAUGGUCUUUUCUUCAUCAUCAUUUACAAGGAUUACACCAUGGGCUUCGCUCUCAGCGUGCUCGCGGCUUCUCUUGGUGUCGCCCAGUUCCAUCACCAAGUCAUUGCCCUCCAGUGGAUUUUCGCCUUCGUCAUCAUGUCUAUUCUCUUCAUUCUGACAUUGGUGGUGGCAGUUCCUGCUUGGAGGGGCAGGGAGUUUUCUUGGAGACAAGCCCCACCGGCGGAUCAGGAGCGCGCACCGCUGCUCGCCGAAUAA